AUGGCAUCCUCCAACAACACCCAACCUGAAGAACCCAUCACCAUCCCCCAGGACCGGGAUGGUGUCGCCUACCUCUACGGCCACCCCCUCCUCAACUCCCUCUCUCCUCCCCUCCAUGCCGCUAUCUACAACCACCUCGGACUGAACUGGAUUCAGAUCCCCCUCUCCAGCGUCUGCGGCACUUCCGCUACCUACCCUCCCCCGUACACACGCUCCCCGCCCAUCGACACCUUCCUGUCCUCCAUCCGCGCCAACCCUAAAUUCGUCGGCUCCUCCGUCACCAUGCCCUGGAAGGUCUCCAUCAUGCCGCACCUGGACGAUCUCACCGAAGACGCCCGCCAAGCCGGCGCCUGCAACACCAUCUUCCUGCGCGACAAUGCCGACGGCUCCCGCUCCUACGUCGGUACCAACACCGACUGCAUCGGUAUUCGCGAAGCCCUCGUCCAGAACACCGCUAACGCUGCUGAGCGGUUCGCUGGCAAGCCUGCCCUCGUUGUCGGUGGUGGUGGUACCGCUCGCUCCGCCAUCUAUGUCAUGCGCAAGUGGCUCGGCGCCAGCAAGAUCUACAUUGUGAACCGUGAUGCUGGUGAGGUUCAGGCUAUCAUGGAGGAGGAUCAGCAGCGCAAUCCGUCCGCGGACAAGGCGCCCUUGAUUCACGUUACGGAUCCCGAGGUUGCGAAGACCCUGGAGAGCCCCGCUGCUAUUGUCUCGGGUAUCCCCAACUACCCGCCUAAGACCGAGGAGGAGAUUCGUGCCAGGAAUGUCCUGACGGCGUUGUUGGGCGCCAAGGAGGAUGGCAAGCCCAAGGGCGUUAUUCUGGAGAUGUGCUACCACCCUGUUAUCUGGACCGAGAUUGCCGAGUUGGCUGAUGCCGCCGGGUGGAAGGUUAUCGUUGGCUCGGAGGCGCUGCUCUGGCAGGGUCUGGAGCAGGCCAAGCUUUGGACUGGAAAGGAUGUGGUGGCUGUUCCUGGCUUGUUGGAUAUGGUCAAGGAGCUUGUGGCCAAGAAUUUGGCUGAGAGGCAGAAGGCUACUCUGUAA